GUGUACUAUAGUAAUGUGAGUAAAAAUAAUGUAUACGCAACCGACACAGUAGCAAAUUUGGUUUGUGAUGAUGGAUAUCAAAUAUUGGGACGAUCGAUAUCCUAUUGUCAAGGUGGCAUUUGGUCACCUUGGCCUGGUGUAGGUAGCUGUCAACCCGCUGCACCAGAACAACGACAACAACAACAGCAACAUUCUCCUUUAAAUAGGAUUAAACCAGCAAAUGCAUGUUCUGAAGUACCCAUUACACCUGCAAAUGGAAUGAUAAUAUAUGAAGGUAAUAAUAGCACGAAAUGGCAUAACAAUGGUGCUAGCGCAAAAUUGCAAUGUAAUGCUGGCUAUAAAAUUAAUGGUGAGCAGAUGACAUACUGUCAGGAUGGUUUUUGGUCACCAUCGCUUGGAAGUUGUCAACAUGCAGUUGGUACCAAAACUGGUGAUUCUUGUGAACCAUUCAAUGCUCCAUCAAAUGGAAAGGUUUACUACAUUUACAACAAUUAUAUAAGAGAUUAUCAAAUGGGUACAACAGCCCUGUUAAGCUGUAAUAAAGGUUAUCGGGUACAGGGUGAAGCAACACUGAUAUGUAAUCAGAACGGUUGGACACCAAAUGGUGGUUUUGGAAUUUGCAUUCCUGUAGAUGAUAAUUUCCGCAAGCACUCAUAA